CAUGACUUCAGUUUUAUCAAAUGUGCAGAAUUACCUUAAUACUCGUCGGUACAGUGUAUACUUCCCCUUAUCGGUACAGUAGAUUCCUGCGCGAUGGCGGAUAAACUAGGACACGAUGGUUUAUACAAAGCUCAGGCGGCACAGACGCCAAGUAUCUCCGAGUUAACAGAACUUGCACAGGAGCUGGGUCUGCACUGCAAGGAUGGUGAACUGGAACAUUUACAAGAGCACAUGGAGGAGACACUUGCCGGAAGUUACCAAAUUGUAAAUGACCUCGUUGCACCCACGCUUCCGGUUAAAUAUCCCAGAGUGCCUGGCUACAGACCGGAACCUGAAGACAAUCAGUGCAAUGCAUGGUACUGGAAAUGCAAUAUAGAGGGUGCUCCAGAAGGGAAAUUGAAGGGUAAAACAUUUGGUAUCAAAGAUAAUACGUGUGUAGCUGGCGUUCCCAUGAUGAACGGAUCAAAGAUAAUGGAAGGAUUUGUACCUGAUAUUGACGCUACUAUUGUUACUAGAAUCUUAGACGCAGGCGGGAGAAUCCUUGGUAAAACUAAUUGUGAACAUAUGUGCUUUAGCGGGAGUAGUUGGACCAACGAUACCGGACCAACCUUGAACCCACACGACAAGUCGAGAUCUACUGGAGGUUCCAGUGGAGGUUCCGCUGCAGCGGUUUACAAUGGUGAUGUUGAUAUGGCUGUUGGCGGAGAUCAGGGAGGGUCCAUACGCAUCCCUGCAUCAUGGUGUGGAAUUGUGGGGCAUAAACCUACAUGGGGCUUGGUACCGUACACAGGAGCUCUUCCUAUUGAAAUUACAUGCGACCAUCUUGGACCAAUGGCUAGAAAUGUUCGGGACUGUGCUCUUUUGUUAGAGGUUAUUGCUGGAUAUGACGAAGGCCGCGACUCCCGCCAGCCACGUGACCUAGAGGUGCCAAAAUACACUGAACUUCUUGAUGGCAAACUGGACGGCUGGAAGAUAGGUUUGGUGACUGAGGGUUUCACAGGUUGUGACAGUGACGUCCAGUCUGUUGUACGAGAAGCGGCCCAGCAACUGAUCAAAGCUGGAGCGCAAGUGGAAGAUGUUUCUGUACCCAUGCAUACACAUGGUGUUGCUAUUUGGUCACCAAUUUGUACGGAAGGGGCGUAUCAGUGCAUGGUCCGGGGAGUUGGUGCUGGAUACCAUUACAAGGGUUACUAUGGAGAAUCUAUUAUGACGAAACUUUCCCAUGGAUAUAAGAUGGAGGCGAAACAAUUGUCUGAACCUAUGAAACUUGUCUGCAUGUUCGGAAAAUAUAUAGAAAAGGUUUAUGGAAACCGAUUCUACGGACGUGCGCAGAAUUUGAACAUGAAGUUGACGAAAGCAUACGACGAGGCAUUGUCAAAGUAUGACGUCCUUGUUAUGCCGACAUUGCCGUAUAAAGCACCUUUGCUGCCGAAAAAAGAUUGUACACUCCCAGAACGGUUGAAGAAUGCGCUUGGCAUGUUGAAGAAUACAGCACCAUUCGACAGUACAGGACAUCCCGCACUUACUCUUAAUGCGGGAAAAUCGGAAGGUCUUCCUAUUGGGAUGAUGAUUGUUGGAAAGCAAUUUGAAGAUGCCAAGGUCCUUCAAGCAGCGUUUGCGUUUGAACAGUUGCAAAAGAAAUAAACAGAGUGAAAUAAAUUCUAUAAACAUUUACUUUUGAAUUAUUUUGCCUUAAAAAGGAUUAUGAAUCUGUUUAUCUGUACAUGUACACAUAAAUAUAUGUUCUAUAAAUAUAUGUUUCAUAAAUCCAAUAUAAUAUAUAAUAUUAUACGAUUUCUUGUAUCAUGUCUAUUUAGACGGUUAUCUUUACAUCGUAAAGCAGAGUGUUUUUUUUUUGUAUAAUAAUUAUAUGAAAAUAUCCUUUUCUUGCUCAUGUGAGCACGAAGUACUCAACAUGAGCUAUUGUGACCGGUCAUUGUCCGGCGUCCGUCGUCCGUCAACAUUUGCAUUGUGAACACUCUAGAGGCCACAGUUGUAACCCAACUUUAUGAAACUUGGACAGAAUGUUUGUCUUGAUGAUCUCUAUAUCAAGUUCGACACUGGAUCAUGUGGGAUCAAAAACUAGGUCAGCAGGCCAGAUCAAAUGAAAUACUUGUGAACAUUCUAGAAGCCACAGUUGUGACUCAAUCUUUAUGAAACCUGGUCAGAAUGUUUGUCUUGAUAAUCUCUAGGUCAAGUUUGAAUUUGGGUAUUUGGGGUCAAAAACUAGGUCACCCGGUCAAAUCAAAGGAAAAGCUUAUGAACACUCUAAAGGCCACAGUUAGGACACAGAGUAUUUGAUAAUUCCUAGGUCAAGAUUGAAACUGGGGCAUGUGGAGUCAAAACCUAGAUCACUAGGAAAGAUCAAAUGAAAAUCUUGUUAACACUCUAGAGGCCACAAUUUAAGUUUGAAACUCAUGAUAAUUGGUCAGAAUAUUUGUCUUGAUGACCUCUGGGUCAAGUUAAAAACUAGGUCACUCGGUCAAAUCAUAGGAAAAGCUUAUGAACACUUUCGAGGCCACGAUUGUGACUCAAUCUUUACGAAACUUGGUCAGAAUGUUUGUCUUGACGAUUUCUAGGUCAAUUUGAAACUGGGUCAUGUGGUGUCAAAACCUAGAUCACUAGGCCAGAUCAAAAGAAAAUCUUGUUAACACUCUAGAGUUCACAUUUUAAGUUUGAAACUCAUGAGAAUUGGUCAGAAUGUUUGUCUUGUUGACCUAGAGGUCAUUUUUAAAUCUGGGUCAUGUUGGGUCGAAAACUAGGUCAUUCGAUCAAAUCAAAGGAAAAGCUUCAUAACCCUAUAGAGGCCGAGUUUAUGACACUAUCUUCAUGAAACCUGGUCAAAAUGUUUAUCUUGAUGAUCUUAAGCCCAGUUUUGAUUCUAGGUCAACAACAAGGUCACCUGUAAAAAUCAAAGAAAAACCUUGUGUAUGCAAUAGGGAAUGCGUUUUUUCAUUUGAUAUGCAUGCAACUUUGUCAGAAUGUUUGUCUGAAUGAAAUCUCGGAAUUUUUAUCUGGGUCACGUUGGAUUAAAAAUUAGGUCACCAAGUCAAAUAAAAGAAUAAGCUUGUUGUCACUCACGGCCCAGAUUUUUUGUUCAGAAUGUUGAUUAUUAUAAAGUCUUGGAUGAUUUCGAAUCUGUGUCACGUACGUCACUAGGUCAAAUCAAAGGAAAAGCUUGUAUACACUCUAGAUGCCACUUUUUUGUUCCAGUCUUCCCGAAACUUUGUAAGAAUAUUUUUUAUGAAAUCUCGGACAAGAACGAAUCUGGGUCAUGUGGGAUCAAAACCUAGGUCACUAGGUCAAAUCAAAGAAAAUGCUUGUUUACACUCAAGAGGACACAUUUUUGGUCCAAUCUUAAUGAAAAUUGGUACAUUGUAAGAAUAUUUGUCUCCAUGAAAUCACCGGGUCAAACAUCUUUACACUGUUAUGGUGUGUUACUCAGGUGAGCAACCUAGGACCAUCUUGGCCCUUUUGGUGUGUGCAUGUGCAUAUAUACCUUGCGUAAAAACUGUAGAAUAUUGUUGUACUGUCUUGCUUUGGUUAAUUUUCGUUAUUGAUAUGAAGAAGUACUUGAAAUAAGGACAUAGAUUUUCCUAGAAAUUUAAAAAGUGACAUGUGUAUAUAUAGUUACACGGAGCUACUUUAUUUCAGAUAAAACAUGUUAAGCAAAAACGUUUCGUUAAUUCCCAUUAACAUAUUUUUCUUAAGAAAAGAUACAUAUUAUACGAGCAAUUAUUCGGAGUUUGUAUUAAUACUUCUAAAUGUUAUAUUGCAGUAUUAUAUUCUCUGUUUAAUCAGUCGCUUACAUACGCCCAUUUGAAAGAAAUGGGUUUAAGCGAGGUCUGUGACGUCACUCUCAGUAUUGGUGCUAACGUACUUGCUCUUUCUUUUAUUAAAAUAUUAAAUCAUUAUAAAGUGUUAUAUAUUGUUAGAAAUAGCAGGCUGUCCAACGCGUAUUGUUGGCAUGCAUGCAGAUAUUGAUAAAGUGUGUAAUAAGGUUCUAGCCGAAUUAUGGCCCUUUCACUUGCAUUUUACACACUUGUCCCCUUUUGACGCCCUUCACAGAGAUACUAAACUGUCCAAUGAGAAGCUUUAGAUUCAGUUUUACAUCGUCCCGAUGAGAUUCACAGAAUAAUUAUCUUUUUCUCUGAAACAGCUGUUUUCGCCGUGUAUAGAAAUAAUGAGCUGAUUUUGGUAAGCAGGUGUAAAAUCAGGAUUUAUAUAUAAAUCUUAUUUUCGUUUCGGUUAGAUGAUUUUAGCGGAGUUAUGGUCCUUUCACUUGGCACAUGUAUUUUAUCAUUUGCUAAAAGUCUGCACUGUUUGCGCAGAGGUUAACUAAUUUUGUGUGUAGAUGUGUAAUGUGGUAGGGAUUCGCAGUUAUAAUAAUUUUACUUUUGUUCCUGUCCGGUUAUUUUGGUGGCCUUUUAAUUAAAAAAAAUAAUUUCGUUAUCAACACACUAUUUUCGGCGCGUAGAUAUAACGCGCAGAUUUUCUUAUUUUCUCGCGUAAAGGUGCGCAGUGAGAAUCACUCUUUUACUUCCGAAGCUGAGUUUAUGGUUAUGGUUCCAUCAUACAAUAAUAUUUUGUUAAAACCACCUUCAGUCGUAUAAUGGACGGGGUUUUCCAGAAUAUCUAUUACCAUUUUGUCCGCUUAUAAUUCUUAUUUGGAGUAAACACCCAAGAUAAAAGCUAUAUGACAACAUUAUUUACAUAAUAAAGAUUUUUUAUGUGCAUAAUAAUUUCAUACUUUUUCUUACAUGUUUCUGCUCUGUAUUUAUUUAUAAACUUCACAUAAAUAUACAAUCUAGAAAUAAAAUUACAUGUAUCUUGAAA